ACAGCUGGAGGAUGAAGAGUAGUAAAGCAUCGCGAAGACACAGAGCUGCUUAUAGUCCUGUUCUCUUCCAGCAUUUCAGCAUCAGAAACUUCCCUGGAGAAGAACAUCAUGGGACGAAAGAAAAUACAGAUCUCACGGAUUCUCGACCAAAGAAACCGUCAGGUGACAUUCACCAAGCGUAAGUUCGGCCUGAUGAAGAAGGCCUACGAGCUGAGCGUGCUGUGCGACUGUGAAAUUGCUCUCAUCAUCUUCAACAGCACCAAUUGUCUCUUCCAGUACGCCAGCACUGACAUGGACAAAGUGCUCCUCAAAUACACAGAGUACAGCGAACCUCACGAGAGUCGCACCAACACUGACAUCCUGGAGACUUUACGUAGGAAAGGACUGGGUCUGGAUGGAGCUGAGCAUGAGCAUGACCAUGAGGACAGUGUGCAGACAGGCCAGGAGAAAUAUCUGAUGAGUGAGGACAUGGAUCACAACAUCUCCAGGCAACGUUAUUAUGCUCCCUCUAUCCUUCCUUCAGAGGCUCAGGUGCUAAUGGGCGUCGGCUGUGAGAAUGGAUACCCUCCGAACACGAAUCUGGGAGGAAACCGACCUUCAUCCUUCAAACCUUUGAGCUCCAGGCCUGGAUCUGCCGGACCUGCCGGAUCCAACACACACUCCACAGUCAUGGGCACACACGCAGGCUACGGCUACUCAAUGUUUUCCCAUGGCAACCUCAGCCGAGCGCUGGAUAUGAAGACUCCGCCUCCUCUAAGUCUGACCAAUGAUGGGCGGCGUGGGGAGGUUCACCCGGGAGUGGGCGUCGCCCGCGCCAAUCUGGCCAAUGCGAGAGCGCUGUAUCAGAGCAUGCACUCUGGAGGCCACAUGAUGCCCAUGGGGAAAGCCUGGAAUUAUGGGACUUCAGAGUUUUGCCACCCGGGAUACGCAGUGGGUUUUCAGCGCGGAUCUGCAACCACCUGGCAACCUCUCGCACAUCAGGAACUACAGCCAUCGGUGAUCCACGCUGGAAUGUCUGCAGGUGGAGGUUGUUCUUACUCUUCACAAGGCUCCUCUCCUUCCUCUCCACCUCGCUCCUCUCUCAACCUGAACAUCAAAUCAGAGCGUGCCUCUCCUGAUCACACGCUCUCCCCAGCCACGCCGUCUUCCCAUCAUUCCCCAGGUCCUAAUGGGAUGAACCGGCCGCCUCCAGGGCAAUACGUGAAUGUGGACAGGGAGGAGAGCGGGUCGACUUUGAAGCACAUGGAGGUCGGUGAUGGCUGGCAGAGAUAACGGCAAAAACACACACGGCCUUUUAUUAGUUGGAAUGUCAAACUGUGUAAGAUCGGCUUUGAUAAAACAGAAAUGGUAACAGUGUUUUCAGUUUCUAAUCAGGAAGAAAACUCGAACCUGAUGGAUCCUGGACGUGUUUUCAUUCUAAUCUGAUCAAUUGCUCCAAUUAUGGACCAGACUCUUUACUGGCUUGUGAGACAUUACUGUAACGUGGGAAGAGUUGCUUCAAACCGGAGCCCUAAAAUAUCACAACAUCUCACAUUAAAUGUUCUCCUCAACCAAUUUGAUCCACUUCUAACUGAAUCAUAUGAACAGAAAAUCAUGGACUUUCUAAAGCCUCUUGCCAGGUCUAGCAAAACCUCUCAGGGACUCCAGUAAUCAUUUGUAAUCAUUUCAGUCUUCACUGCAGCUCAGGUACUGAAGCAUGUUUUAAAAACAUCAUUUAGUUUUUUCCUCACUUGAGAUUCUGUUUAUUUUAUUAACCUGCUGAGAAAAUGUUCCUCCAAUACACACCAUCGUCUACACAUCUUUCUUAUCAUUACCAUAUGAUCAUUAUUCAGAAAUAUCUCUGAAAUCUAUUUUCAUAAAGGCCUUUGAAAAAAUCAGUGUACAUUUUUAAAUAUUUUGCAAAAAUUAACAUCAAUGGACUGAAAUUUAAUAUAUCUGGUUUAUAAUUGUGCAUUGACCAAGACUUUUCUUUGUUACAUUUUCUAUAAUCUAACUGUUUUGAAAAAUUUGCAUAACAAUAUAACUUUAUAAUAUUUUCCUUUUAUUUCUUAUCUUUUAUAAGGAUUUAUAGUAAACAUGAAAGCCUAUGAACCAGAGAUUUCUAUCAUUGUUCAGGUUGUUUGCUGUAUUGUCCACUAGAGGGCAGCACGGAUCAGCCACUGAACACGUGGCUCGGUUUUUAGUUUUUGGCUCCUUCAGUGGAUCGUUUUCAUCCAUUUUGUUAAAAAAAAAAAAAAAAAGUAGUAAAAUCUUUAUUUCUAUGUUUGUUGUGAUUCAUUUCAUUAUUCACACAACAGCAGGAAUCACGUGUUCGAUCACCUUUAAUAAUGUUAUAAAACUCUGAGGCCUCCGUUACCACACGCCUCUGUUUAAAACCACGACUCAACAGUUCCACACGUUUACUGUCUGAACUUUGACACUUCAGUUUUGUGAUGGAGCUCUGAUGGGAACCUUCUCAGUGAGGCGUAAACCUCAACCUCGUGCACUCGUCAAACCGCGG